CACUGGCCGGUGCAGUGCUUGCAGCAGUAGCUCGGCUCAGUCAGCAGACGGCGGCCAAUCUACCGAUUUCCUCCUCUCGUUUCUAUUCUCCCCCUCUUCUCCUGUAUUGCACACCUUUUAUUUUCUGUAGCAGGCUCGCAGAAAUGUCCGCCAGACCGGGAUUUUACCGGCAGGAGCUGAACAAGACAGUGUGGGAGGUUCCGGAGCGCUAUCAGAACCUGACGCCGGUGGGCUCCGGAGCUUACGGCUCGGUGUGUUCGGCGUACGAUGUGGUCUUAAGGCAAAAGGUUGCGGUGAAGAAGCUAUCCAGGCCUUUCCAGUCUCUCAUACACAGUCGCCGCUCGUACCGGGAACUCAGGCUUCUCAAGCACAUGAAACACGAGAAUGUAAUAGGGCUGCUCGACGUCUUCACACCUGCUGCCACAUUAGAAGACUUCAAUGAGCUCUACCUGGUGACUAACCUGAUGGGCGCAGACCUCAAUAAUAUAGUCAAAUUUCAGAGGUUGUCAGAUGAGCAUGUGCAGUUCUUAAUUUACCAGCUCCUCCGUGGCCUCAAGUACAUCCAUUCAGCUGGAUUGAUCCACAGAGACCUCAAGCCAAGCAAUGUGGCAGUGAAUGAGGACUGUGAGCUUAGGAUCCUUGACUUUGGCUUAGCCAGGCAGACAGACGAUGAGAUGACAGGUUAUGUGGCGACUCGCUGGUAUCGAGCACCAGAGAUCAUGCUGAACUGGAUGCACUACAAUCAGAAUGUUGAUAUCUGGUCAGUGGGAUGCAUUAUGGGAGAGCUACUGAAGGGAAAAGUCCUUUUUCCUGGCACUGACUAUAUCGACCAGCUGAAGAGAAUCAUGGAGGUGGUGGGAACUCCGACACCAGAGCUCUUAAAGAAGAUCUGCUCUGAACAUGCACAGAAGUACAUCCAAUCUCUGCCCUUCAUGCCCCAACAGGACUUGGAGAAGAUCUUCAGAGGGGCAAAUCCGCUUGCUGUUGAUCUGCUGAAGCGCAUGCUGGUUCUGGACUGUGAUGGGAGGAUCUCAGCUAGUGAAGCUCUUUCCCACCCCUACUUCUCCCAGUACCAUGAUCCAGAUGAUGAGCCAGAGGCCCAGCCCUAUGACCAAACACUGGAGAGCAAAGACCGAACUUUAGAAGAAUGGAAAGAGUUGGUAUUUGAAGAGGUGAACAGCUUCAAAGCAUCUGGCAGCAAGACUGACAGCCUUCAGGUGGAGCAGUGAGACUUUUACUGCUCUGCCUCCUCCUCUGCUUGAAGAAGGACCAUGUAGUCAAUAAAUGCAAGGAGGGCUGGAAAAACAAGCAAAGGAAAUGACUGUGUUUGAUUUCCUGUCAUGAGUUUGUCUGAGCAGCAGGGCAGGAUGGAUUACAUGUGCACAUUACUAUUACAGGGAACAUUUUCAAGUUUAAAAAAAGGAUUUCACCAGUGCAGAAAGUUGCUUCCUGUUAUGGUUCCGCACACUGAGGGUAAAAUAAGGAACUGCUCAAUAUCAGGGGCCACGGAGGACGUGAGGAUUCAUGUGAGGAAGCAACUUUAAGCAACUGAACUGUGUUUAAAGACCAACAGAAGGUAUGGGAGGAGGAAAAAAAUGCACACUAGGAUUUCCAAAGCAACAACAGGAAUGCUGUGUCAUCAUCAAGACGAAUGCCAUGAACAUUUAAAGCUUUCAUAUAUAAAAAUCAUGCUUAAAGGCUUGCAGUGAUACCAUUUCACAUCACAGAACAGCUUAGCAUUUAGCCUGCAUACUACUGAUGCAUGAUUUCUGUGCAUUUUAUUGUUAAAGCAUAUUACUAGUGGUGUAUUAUAACCACUGCUUACUGUGUCUGCCACACUGCUAUAAAACCAGUUUGGGGUUGAGAAAGAGGCAUUGCCAGAAAAUGUGGCCAGUGUUCCACCUCCUCUGUCUUUAUAAUUCAUGUAGAAAAAAAAUCUGAAAAUGUUCUUCCAUGGAUGAAAAGUCAUCCCAUUCUUACAGAAUAGUAAACACCAAUUGUGCUAUUAAUUAGCAAGAUAAUUAAUAUAUGCCAAAGCUGAAACAGAAUGACUGCCCUGCAGAUCUGUGUUUACAAUGUGAGUCUCUUUCCUCAUAUACAGUUUCCGCUGUCAACCGAUCACCUGUUGGCUUUGGCCCUGCUCCGUAAGGUCUCUCUACUGCUCUGCUGUCUUAUACAGAUCCCCAUUUGUGUUUACAACUGUUAACAUUACAGACAUUGUGCAAACUGUCAGAAUCAGUUCCCAGAAGGUGUCUAACAAUGCUGGAUAAUAAUCUGUUAUGCAACUUGUAGCUUCAUCCAAGCAUUGACUGGUCAAACACCACAGACUGAUGAUUCACAGAAAGCAGCCAUAUUUGGCUGCUUGUGGCAACCAGGGAGCUCAUUAGUCAUCUUUCAUGUUACCUAAGCAUCUUUUUCUUUUCUUUCCAUAAUUCUUGGAUCACCUCUUUUUUUAACCUCCAUUGCAUGUAUUUUAGUUUUGCUGCAGUUAAAAGCUUGAUGCAACAUUAUAACAUAAAUAUUCAUGCUUAGCAACUCUGACUGGAAAUAUUUGCGUAAGCACACAAGCUGAACGCAUAUAUGCAUUUUUCUAACAAAUGGCUGACUUCCCCACUGAUGUGUCACUCAUCUUGCCACAAACUGGAGUUUCAGUUCUAGUAACUUUUUUUGCUGCUGUUAGAAUAAUAGUAUGGUAUUAAACCACUGUAAGCACAGCCAACAAACCACAGAUUUUGCCCUGAAGGUCAGUGAAAAUAUCAAGUGAAAGAUAUUUGAAGUUGAAUGCAACAAACUAAAUAAUAGGUUUAAAUUGUAAUUGAAUCAUUUUAAUUGUCCAUGUUGAACAACAGAAUAAGAAGCAAAGUAAGCCAGUUAAACACUCUAUUCACAUCUAUAUCUGACUGCUGCUGAUGUUUUAAUUCAAUAUGUAAACUAUGUUGACAAAUGUUGGCUAGAAUGUCAGGUAUAAAGCAAAUAAGUGAAUUGGUUUGCCUUCCGAUGUUCAAAUGUCAGGUAGUAGCGCAGGCAUUCACAAGACUAGCUAAGGUGAUACUGUAGCUGUUGUUGUAGCCUAGCUAGCUUGGUUAAACUCUAGCUAGAAUAAAUGUACUGAUACAGUUCUGUCAGUAAAGAAUGGUCUAUACACAUCAUUGGUACUUAUUUAAGGUUUAAUGCUACAGCAUAUGAAUUGAAUUUUAGCAUGUCUCUCGACACAUAAACCACUCCUAGCUACAUAAAGUGGAUUGUAACCCGGGCUUGCUCAUAUGUACGUGGGCAUUUUGGUAAACAUAGCUUCAUUCUCUGUAUUUGGCCUUUUGUCCACUCAUAAUUAAGGUAAAUGAGCAUGACAUUGAUUGUUUUUCAUCUGAAUACAGUUUUUUUAACAACAAAAGCAUAAAAUUGCUGUUUUUAAAAAUAACCAUGUACCCGUGGACGUAUCCACAUGUGCUCCAACACAGUAAUGCAAAGUCUUCUGAGUUUAUUGAUUCAAAAUGCUCACGUUAAACUCAACCAACAAGAUUACUUCUGCAUGAAGACUAAUUCUUUAAGGACACAAGAAAGAAAGUUUAUUCUUGUAUUUUCCCUUUUUUCCCCCCAGAUUGGUUCACACUGGAGUGCUACAUGUAGCCUGUUGUGCAAGUUGUCCACUAACACUGGAUGAAAAAUGUUGAAUUUGAAGUCUAAAUUUAUCAAAACUGUGUCUCAGUCAAGGUGUGAGCUCUGAAUGUUACAGUGUUAUGUGCUUAUGUUGUAUAUGUGGUGGAUUUAAUUAGCAACUGCAAACUGAAUGUAUAUGUAUGUAUGUUUGUUAAAAGUUAUAGGUGACCUUUGAAUACAUGGUGGCAUGUGAGUCAGCUGUAGUCCUGAGUUUCAAAUCGCUAAAAUGAAUGUCAGCUCUUAGUUUCCACAUGAUUCAAAGGAUUUCCUCGUCAUCGGACAGUACCAUGACUUUUAAGCUUUGGCUUCAACAGAAUAAACUCGAUCAUCUCUGUUUGCCAAAAUGUCUCACAUAGAGUACACAUCAUUCUUGUACACUUCAUAUCAUUAAACAUGUGAUUUUUAUAGUU